AUGGGUGGUGCGGUGCUUAUUAAUAGUGGUAACAGUAGUAAUACUCCUAUUAAUGAAGAAGAGCCGUCUGGAUUGGAAACUAAUUUUGGUACCACUACUCCAAAUUUAAAAAAAAAGUACUUAAUUCAGUAUAUAAUAUUAUAUGCAUAUUUAGCGUGUAUUUUUAUAUCAACAUUUUUAUAUGAUAUUUUCAUUCCAACUUUAUUAUUUCAUUAUGUUGAACAUAAAUUUCCAGAUUUAACACCUCAAGAAAAAAGUUCGAAAUCAUCAUAUUAUAAAUCUUAUUCUGAUGGUUUUCCAUUUUUAGUUAUGUUUUUAUUUGGACCACUUGUGGGAUAUAUUUCAGAUAGAUAUGGAAGAAAAUCCAAUUUUUAUUUAUCAGUUUUAACAGUUAUGUUUGUUAUUAUGUCAUGUUUUGUAUCAAUGGAAACAAAUAACAUUUAUUGUUUUUAUGUUUUCCAUACCAUUGGUGGUUUAUAUAAUGUUUCAAACUCUGUAGUUUUUUCAUUCAUUUAUGAUAUUUCCGAUGAAAAAGAUAUUCCAGUUUUGUUUACAUUAUGUGGACUUUCAAUGGGCCUUGGUACAACGAUUGGAUCUUUAAUUUAUGCAUUUGUACCAACUGAUAAGGUUCCAUAUAUGAUGUUAUACAUUUCUAGUGGGUUCGCUUUAGUAUCUCUUAUACUUGUUCCAUUUUUAAUUGAAACCAUUCACAUCUCUCGAGAAAAUAAUAAAAAUAAAACUUUUGUAAAAAAAAGUUUUGAAAAUCCAAAUCCAUUCUCAACUAUUAAAAGUUUAUUCACAAAUAAUGGUUUUAUUUCUUGGACAAUUUUAUUAUUUUUUUCAAUUCAAUAUACUGGUCAAGAUAUCUGGUCAACCUUUUACUAUUACUCAUAUCUAAUGUAUAACUGGAAUCAAAAAACAAUUGGUCUUUUUACUCUUGGUGUUGGUGGUGCAACAAUUUUAUAUAGUGUUUUAAUUGUUCCAUUAUUUUUAAAAGUUUUAUCUGAAAAAAAAGUAAUUACAAUUGGAUUCUUUAUUACAUUCUGUGCACAUGUAAUGCUAUCAAGUUCAAAGUUUUCACAAUAUCUUUUUAUUUUUGGUGCAAUAGUUAGUAGUAUUGUUCCAUGUGUUUCGAAUUUAUUAUGCUCUGUAAUAUCUAAAUCUACACCUCAAGAAGUUCAAGGAUCAGUAUUAACAGGUCUUCAAUCUGUAAAAGCACUUGGUAGCUUUGCUGGUGCCAUGGUAGCUAAUAAUUUACUAAGUCAUUUCUCAAGUGAUGAAUCAUCGAUUUACUUUCCUCAAGCUAUCUAUUUUUUAAAUGGUGUUGUAUUAUUUAUAAUAAUGAUCAUUUCUAUUUUAGUUUGGAGAUUUUAUAAAAACAAAAUCAAAAAUAAUGUAAACAAUAAUAACAAUUAA